CCUCGAAGAGUGUUCGCGGAGUGAUACCUGUAUCGAUCUCAAGGGAUCCAAACUUGUUGAUUCUGAUCGACUCCAUGUGGUAAAAGAAGACAAGCACUGGGUCAUACUCAUCUGGAGACUCAUACGGAUCCGCCGGUUUGACGUCGCAGAACGUUUUUGGGGCGAUGUGAGCAAGCUUGUCUCGCCAAUGCCGAUGUGUGUCUGGACAGCCGUCAUUGAUGGAUUCGUCUCCAUUAAAAGGUUCGAUCGCGAGCGAGCGACGUGGGAUGCAUUACAUUCCGUGGAGCAUACCUCAGGCGCGGUGGUCUACGCAGCCUACAUCACCUCUUUAUUCAGCAAAGGCCGCAUACAGCACGCUAUGUCCCUCUUCCACGCUUUUUGAAAGCUCGUCGAUGCAAAGUCGUUUCCCGCCGACGAUCCUGCGGUGUUGGUCGUUUACGAUAUAUACCGUACUAGACUGGCUCUUACGCCGACCUCAGGUCGAUACGGCACUUCAAAUCCUCGCCCACAUGCAGACCAAAGGCCCGCGUCCUAGCGCCACUUCCUUCACCCGUUUCUUUUUAGACACUACGCAUGGAAACG